AUGCGUCUACUACCAAUGUCAUUUGUGUUCAAUCGAAAACUGCAACCACAAACAUUCAACGCGUCAAAUAACGAGAUGUUAGCAUCGAACCCUUAUUCAUUGGAAUUGCCGUACUUGGGUACGAUCUUCUUAGGGAAGUCUCCGCCGAAUUUAAUGUCCUUUCAAAAACCAUUACGUGAGAUGUAUCUAUCGUACAGUCAUGAACAUUCGCAUGAACAACGGCGAAUUCUUAUAUCGGAUUCGGAUAUUUUGAUAUUCGAAUCGGAGAAUGUUCAAAAAAGUAAACGUUCAUUUACUUAUGCGAAAUUAGAAUCUAUUGUCAACAUUCAAAUCUUGAAAUUUUCACUCAUGCGGAGUCACAACCCGAAGCAACAUCUUCAGGUCGCUUUCCUGCCACUAGGCUGUGAACAUCAAGAACGCUUUCAUUCUCUGUACUCUUCAAUGAACAAAUCCCAAACAAAACUUCUUUCCAAUCAGCCCAUAUCACAUCCGUCACUUUUACUAUUCAUUCUUCGAAAACCAGGUGUCACUGGCUCAUGUUCCCUUCUCGAUUGUCAUGUCUUCAUCGUUCAUCGUGAAGCCAUUGCCUUUCAAUUAUGUGAUAUGAUACGUAAAUUAAUCAUAAAACGAACGAUGAGUCCAGUAUUACUACAGCAGCAAGUGAAUGAAGACGAGGCAGAUGAAGAAAAUAAUGACUUACUAACAAAUGUUAAUUUGCUUGAUGUUCAUCGAUCGACAACAAAUACUUCGCGUAAUCCUUGUUCAUCGUCGUUGUCGUCAUCUGCAUUGCAUUCUUCUUCGUUUCAUAACACAUCAAAAGUAUUAACUAUGAAGAAUGACAUUCAUCGGAUGUCUUCGCCAUGUCCAACGAUUAAACCACGUUAUUUCAUCAAAGCAUCAUCAUUAAUCUCAGAUGAAUCUGAAGAAAUUGUCAACGAAUUAAUGAAUAUUGUUGCAGUCGAAGAAUCGAAAAGUCAAACAUCUGUUAAACGUCAUGCUUCGUUUGAUCAAUUAUCUGCAACAAACGAUUCGACAAUGAACAAAAAACGUUAUUUUCAUCAUAAAAAACGUUUGUUAAAUCCAAUACCAACGGUAUCGACGAAUUCAUCGAAUGACAAGGUCGCAACGAUGAUCGAUGGUCAUUUGGUACGACCACAUAUCGUAUUGAAUCGUUAUGGUGAUAUCGGGAACUAUGUACCGAAAUUCUUACGAGAAAAUAUUACCAUGCGUUCGUCGGAUAGCAAUGAAAACAUCUUUUUUCGUUCAGGUAAUGGACAACUGAUCAACGGUUUUCUUAAACUAGAUGUUUUAUCCAUUCCACCACUGAAAGAGAAUAAGCAAUAUCAGUCUACACCUUGUUUGAAUGAAGAUCGAAAUAUUUAUUCAUUGGUACAGCAGAUACAAAAAAAUCAUACAAAAUCUUUUCUGAACAUUUGCCAGAACGAUUCCAAUGCUGCAGACAUGGAAACAAACCGCUAUGCUGAUGAUCAUCGAGUUCCUUAUGUACUGAAAUCAGCUGACGAGCAACAACAUGUUAUCAAAUCAAAUAUUUCUCCACUUCCAUCCAAACCCAAACGAGUAACAUCGUUUCCAAAUGGCGAGAGCGAAUUGCCCAUUGACUAUAGACAAUAUCUACGUCAUACAGAUCAAGGUGUGUAUCUCUAUGGUGGAGAACAACGUCAACAAACACUAACACUUGAACAUACACUCGGCUAUUUGCCCUAA